ACGCCCUACACGCAAUCUGCCCGGACGCUAUACUCAAUGGCGUGGUACUGUUCUGGAUCAACCAACAGCGAAUUGGUUGAGAACCUGUACAGGACCGGUCUCAUAAAGAGUGAAAGGGUGAGAGAUGCCAUGAAAGGCGUGAGCAACCCCCUUCGUCCCCUUCUCACCCACCAACCAAGAAAUCUCGUUUACCUCUACCUGGAGAUCACUAUCUCUGGUCGAGGAUAAGCCACGAGAUAAAAGCCAACGGUUCCCGAAUGAGGCGAAUUUUGUAGUCGGAAGUCUGACAUAGGUAUGCAAGGUUGACCGGGCCCACUAUGCGCCCUCAAGGCCGUACUCGGAUUCGCCGCAGCCAAUCGGACACGCCGCGACGAUCUCUGCACCUCAUAUGCACGGCCAUGCAUGUGAAUAUCUUAUCGACUUUCUCAAGCCCGGCUCGCAUGUCUUGGACAUUGGGUCCGGAUCAGGUUACUUGACCCAUGUUUUUGCCAACCUCGUCACUGAUCCAUCGGCUGCAAAUCAAGCAAAUGGCCAAGUUAUUGGUAUCGACCACAUACCGGAGCUCGUCAAGUUAGCCUACGAGAACAUGAGCAAGUCAGAGCAGGGUCGUAAGUACCUCAAGUCCGAAAGAGUGAAGUUCAUUGCUUCUGAUGGGCGGCUGGGAUGGUCCCAAGGGGCGCCGUAUGAUGCCAUCCAUGUCGGCGCGGCCGCUGAACGGCUACAUCCUGUAUUGAUUGAGCAGCUUCGCACACCCGGGCGGUUGUUCAUCCCCGUGGACAUGGACAGUGACGAUGGAGAUGCGGGAAGCCUUGGGCCAAGCGGCGGACAAUACAUAUGGGUUGUCGACAAGAAGGCAGACGGGUCCGUCAGCAAAGAGAAAAUCUUCCAAGUCAGCUAUGUUCCCCUGACAGACCGCCCGAAGAAAUGAUCAUGAUUAACCUGCCUAUAUCUCUUGCCAUAAUUGACUGAAUACACAAGUUUGCACGUCGGGACGAAAUCUACACUAGGUUCGCGACUGGAAUGUAUGACAAUUACCUUGAAUGUAUGCCUGAAUUUUCAAAAGAAAAGCUACCCCCCCCGAUCACAAGGUGCGAGAUACAUAUGCCACACGGGAAAACUAGCUACGUAAU